AGUUAAUUUUAAACCUGGACAAGAUGGCGGAAGGAGACGCGGCUCGGUACGGGCAGCGAGAGGAACAGCCUCGGUUUCAACCAGACUUGACAGGAGAGAGCUAUGAGGAUGCAGAAGAGAAUGCCUCUUUGGAUGCUGAUGAAGUGACUACUGAAGAGCCAUGCCCAGUACAGAUAGUUCUUGCUCAUGAAGAUGACCAUAACUUUGAACUGGAUGAAUCAGCAUUGGAGAGAAUCUUGCUUCAGGAGCAUAUAAGAGACCUCAACAUAGUAGUAGUUUCUGUUGCUGGUGCAUUCCGUAAAGGCAAAUCGUUUCUCUUGGAUUUCAUGCUUAGGUAUAUGUAUAACAAGGAGUCAUCUUCUUGGAUAGGUGGAAGUAGUGAACCUUUGACUGGCUUUACGUGGAGAGGAGGGUGUGAGAGAGAAACAACUGGCAUUCAGAUUUGGAGUGAAGUAUUCAUAAUUCCCAAACCUGAUGGGACAAAGGUUGCUGUAUUACUAAUGGAUACCCAAGGUGCUUUUGAUAGUCAAUCAACUAUCAAAGACUGUGCAACAGUAUUUGCUUUAAGCACCAUGACAAGUUCAGUCCAGGUAUACAAUCUAUCACAGAACAUCCAAGAAGAUGAUCUUCAGCAUUUGCAACUUUUUACAGAGUAUGGAAGGUUAGCAAUGGAAGAAAUUUACCAAAAGCCAUUUCAGACUCUUAUGUUCCUAAUUAGAGACUGGAGCUAUCCAUACGAACAUGCAUAUGGUUUAAAAGGAGGAAAACAAUUUCUAGAAAAGCGAUUGCAGGUGAAAUUGCACCAGCAUGAAGAGCUUCAGAAUGUAAGGAAGCACAUUCACUCAUGUUUCAGUAACCUAGGCUGUUUCCUGUUGCCGCACCCUGGUCUUAAAGUUGCAACUAACCCAAGUUUUGAUGGGAGACUAAAUGAUAUUGAUGAAGAGUUUAAGAAAGAGUUGCGGAGUCUGAUUCCUUUGCUACUUGCUCCUGAAAAUUUGGUAGAAAAAGAAAUUAGUGGCUCAAAAGUGACUUGUAAAGAUCUUGUGCAAUAUUUUAAGGCUUAUAUUAAAAUCUAUCAAGGAGAGGAAUUACCUCAUCCUAAAUCAAUGCUGCAGGCAACAGCAGAAGCCAACAACCUUGCUGCAGUAGCUGGUGCAAAAGAUACUUACAACAAAGAAAUGGAACAGGUUUGUGGUGGAGAUAAGCCUUACAUAGCACCUGCAGACUUAGAACAAAAGCACCAAGAUCUUAAAGGAUUGGCAAUCAAACAUUUCCGUUCUGUGAAAAAGAUGGGAGGUGAGGAGUUCUGUCGUCGUUACCAGGAUCAGCUUGAAGAGGAGCUUGAUGAAAUCUAUGCAAACUUUGUGAAGCACAAUGAUGGCAAAAACCUCUUCUAUGCUGCUCGUACACCAGCGACUCUAUUUGUUGUCAUGUUUGCUAUGUAUAUAAUCUCAGGACUGACUGGAUUCCUUGGCAUGAACUCCAUAGCAACCCUGUGUAACCUUGUGAUGGUCAUAAUACUUGUCUCCCUUUGUACAUGGGCAUAUGUUAAAUACUCUGGGGAAUGCAGAGAAAUUGGAACACUCAUUGACCAGAUGGCGGAAGUACUAUGGGAACAGAGGAGUCCCAAGAAGGUGUGUUCCAAACUCUUUGAAGUUGUUAGACGUCGAAUGCUUCGCCAUGCUCUUGCCUCAGCACAACGGCAGCGACUCUCAUCCAACAAUAACAGGAAGAAAAAUUAGCCAGUUAUAAAACCUCUUGGGGACAAUUUGAUUGAGGAUACCAUGAGACAAUCCGUUACAAACUCUAUCAAAGCAGGCCUGACUGAACAGAUGUCUCAGCAUGCCAGAUUAAAAACAAACUGAGAGCUCACCUCAUCUCAUCUGCCUGUCCAUCCUAGACUUGCUUGCUGUACAACAAGAACUCAAUAAACCAAAGUUUACAUUUGACUAUAAAGCAGUAGUUUAGUCUGCUUGGAUUCCUAAUUUACUGCCAUCAUAUUGUGGGAAGAUAAUGGUUGGGGGUACAAGAAAAGAAACUGAACUGUUUUAAAGAGCUUAUCUUUGAUUUGCUCCCACAAUGUCAUGGAAAGGGAAGAUCUUAACCACGGUUCUUUGUACCAGGGUCUGAUUUAUGGCAUUGUUUCCACUGUAAAAGAUUUUUCAGGGAAAUAUCAAAACUAUACAGAAAUCUUUUAAUAGAAUGUAUAAUCACACAAAGUCCCAUUAAACGUUUUAAUUUUCAGCAUUUAAAACAUGAAUCCAGUUCAUGUUAUAACAUGAAUCCACUGAGAACUCAUGUUUGAGCCACUUCAUUUAUCUGCUCUUGCAUUAGCGCCUUCUCUACCAGUAUUACCCAGAUGCAUGUAUAUUGUUCUCCACAGCUGCUUCAUUUAGAGAUAACUAUGACAUUGUCCUGUUUUUUUCAGUUUAGAGACCUUGUCUUACAGGAUAUGCAUUUUAUGAAAAAAGCUGUUUUUCUCUGCAGUUUUAGCCUACAUGUAUAUACAAUAUGCCAUUAUUACUGAGGGGAAAAAAUCCAUCCAAAAAUAACAAAAUCAGUUUCCUACAGCUACAAAGCAAUGAGUUCAGAUUGUCUGUACAGUGUGUCUAGUUAUUUUUUUAAUCACAGGGCAUGUAUAAAAUAUAAAUAUAUAAAUACAAUUUUGUAUCAAAAGUUUUGUAGUUUAUGGCAAAACCUGGUUCUGUGAUAAGCUAAGUACAGUCCCUGUAAAGGAAUGUUUGUGGCUCAUGUAAAUGUGUGGAUGCAUAAAAAUAAUUUAGUUUUUUUGAUAUAUUUGUGAUAUUUACCUGCCUUGAACACUGCAAUCUCAUCCCAUGGGAAAUCAAUGGGAAUGUUUGUUGUGAUUGUCUUCAGUUACAUUUUAAAGUUAUUUCUUGUAAUUUAUUUUCUGGUACAUUAAAAUCAAAUAUGUAUAUAUGAAAUUAAACUCAUGAUUUUAUUUAAA